AUGAAAUUACACACUGAGAAAAAUGGAAUAAAUAGAAAUCUUUUUUGUCUUGAUUCAACAACAAAAUAUCAUCAUGUCGGAAAAUAUUUUGAUUUUAAUAAUCGAAGUUCUCCUUAUCAAACUGAUUCGUUUGUAUUGGAAGAGAGAAGAAAUCCAUUGGCAAUAUUUGAAGAUGAUCGAAAUUAUAUCUUUCGUAGUCGUGCAUGGGCGAGACUUGAUGGUAUUUAUCAAUUCGCAAUCAAUUACAACGAUCCACGAUUGACAAAUCGUCAAACACAUUCUCUCAAAGUCAAAGACACAGCAGAAAAGAUUGCGAGAAUUUUAGGAUUAGGACGAGAAAGUCAAAUGUUAGCAGGAAAUAUUGGAUUAGUUCAUGAUAUUGGUCAUCCACCUUUUGCUCAUUGGGGGCAAUUGGCAAUAAAAAAGGCUUUACAACCUUAUGGAUUCAAUUGGAAUCAUGAUACUGCUGGAAUAAGAAUACUCACUGAUUGGAUGAAAUAUUCAAAUGAAAAUCGACAUUUCCCCCCAACGUUCAUCGAAGGAGUUGUCAAAAGAUUCUGGCGAUACGAUCAAAGCAAAUCAUAUGGUUUUUAUAAUCAUCAAAUGACAGAAAUUCCUGAUUUAGUAAAAGAAAUUGAUCGAAAAUAUAAUGGUGUAAUGAAAUUUGAGGGUUUCAAUCAUAUCGAAGGUCAAAUCGCUGCUCAAUCUGAUCGUUUAUCAUUCAAUGUCACUGAUCUUGAAGAUGGACUUCGAAUAGGUCGUUUUACUCCUGAAAUGAUCAAAAGCAAUUUUCCAUUUGCUUGGAACAUUUUGGAUAAAACACUCGAUGACUUUCUUAUUGAAUCGAAAAUUACGAUUUCAUCAACUGAACAAUUUCAGUUCGUUAAAGAAAUGAUUGCUAAAGAUAAUGACAUGAUGGGAUUCAUCUAUCACAGAUUUGCCAUAUCAUUUCAUGAAGCUUUGAUGAAAGAUUUACUCGACAAUACACAGAUCAAUCUUGAAAAAGCCAUUGAUUUACAAUUGAUUCACAAUGCUGAAGAUAUUCGAAAUGUUGAUCAUGUGUGUGUCGAAUUUUCUUCAACACUCAAUGAACAAUUCAAAAAUUUCGCUCGUUUUUGUCGUGAACACAUUUUCACAAUCACUGCACCCUUUGAACAUUUAGUUUCCGCAAUGAUUUAUGAUUAUCGAAUUGGUAAAGUUUCACUUCCACAACUCUGGCAGAAAAUCUUUGACGAAACUUCAACAAUUGCUGAGAAAAUCGAAAUUAUCGCUACAUUUCUCACCUGUGAAGUAACGGACCGUGAUGUCAUUCGUCACGUGUUUAAACAUUCGCCUGAGAUCUAUUAUGAAUAUUGUCCACAAUUAGAAUGGAUAAGAGAUAAUGAUAUAACAUUUGACACAGCUACUCAACGAACAACUGAGUUAUUUCGAAAGUCGGAGGAAAGAAAUUUGACUGUACCGAUCAUCACUGCUGAUGAUCUCGAUUUCACCGAUAACAAAUCAAUUCCAGUCAUUUCGACAACAAACAAAUUCAUUCUAAAUGUACCGCAAAUAGGUGAAACCAUUCAGAUUAUGAAAAAUGGUAAAUACAAAUUUGGAGAAGAAUUUCAUCUCGGUGAUCCGAUCAAAAGUCCAGAUAAUCGUAUUAUUAGUGAGAGAGGAAUUACUUUUUACAAUUCUAUUAAUGAUCAAUGGUUAGCGGCCAUUUCUGGUUUGAAAGAUAACGAUUGUUAUGUGAUCAUUUUAAACGAAGUAACUGAAGAACAAGCAAAAAAAUUAGAAAUGAAGUUAGAAGAAUAUGGUCAUCCAGAAGAAAUGACAAUUUCACAAUUGAAAGAUAUUCUUCUCUAUGCAGAAAGUUUAGGAAUUACUGAUUAUUAUCCUUCAAAUGUUGGUUUUAUCAAAGAAAUGAUGGAAAUAUCUGAUUCGGUGUACGGAUGGAAACAACGAAAAGAAACACAAAUUUGUCGAGCCAUUUAUAUUGAAGGUGUUGGAGAAUUUAUUCAACCAUUUGGAGAAUCACAAAAAUUCAAUCACGGUGUAUUCAUUAUCAAAACUCCAACGGGUGAAAUUCAUGUUGUUGACAAUGAUGUUGCUUUGCGAACAUAUCGUCAUUUGGAUAAUAGUUUUAUCGAAAAAGGUGAUGUUCCUUUGCAAGAACCAUCCCGAAAAGAAAAGUUUAAAACAAUUCACGACCUUCCAAAUAGUAUCGCUUCUACAAAGAUAGUCAUCAUUGGUGCAGGGGUCAGUGGGAUCGCCACAGCAACGUAUUUAAUUCAAGAAUUUAUACAUGAAAGUCCUUUCGGACACACUUUAAUCAUCAAUAUAAUUGAUUCAAAUAAAAAUCCGGCAGGAUCGACGUACAAUCGACCAUCACCGGGAAAAGUCAAGAUGGCUAAUCCAAUAGGAUGUUUGGGAAUUCAAUCAGCAACAGCCUGUAUCGAACAUAUCAAUGGAAAUCCAGAUAAAUGGAAAAAUAUCUUUUGUGAUGUCAAUUAUGAAGAACAUCAAGGUUUUGAUGGUCAAGCAAGUAUUCCCCAUGUGCAAUAUGGAGAAUAUAUUCGGGAUCAUUUCCAAUCCAUCAUCAAAUUCAUUGAAGCGAGUAAAGCUCCAGUAGAAGUUCGAUUUAUUCGUGAUCGAGUGAUAAAAACAACAGAAGAUGUAUCGAAAAGUAAGUGUUGGAUGAAAUUAGGAAGUGGAAGAGAAAUUUCUGCUGAUGUUGUCGUUUAUGCUCUCGGAAAUGCCAAUCCAAAACCACUUACAGAUCACACUGGUCGGACAUUAUGUGGACAAAAUGGAUAUUACAAUCUUGAUGAUCACGCAUUUACACCUGAAAAUGUGAAUGAAACUGAUUUCACUGUGAUUGUAGGCACGGGAAAUGGCGCAUGUUUUUCCGCACUUUGGGCAGUGGAUCACGGUUAUCAGGGAAAAUUUCUAUUAGUAUCAAGAAGUGGUCGUGUACCUCAUGUAGCGAAUCAAUCGAAACCUUUCACGAGAAGUAUUUGUACCGUCAAGAAGUUUGUUGAGGAGAUCAAAGAGACAGAAAGUAGAACAGCGGAUUGUUUAAUGGAAUUAUUUCAUCAAGAGAUGAGAGAGGCUCAUUCAGCUGGAUUUCAAUGGCGAGAUGUUGUCGAUUCAAUGUUCACCGAUACGAAUACAUUGUGGAGGGCGAUGAAUCACAAUGAACAACAAUGUUUCGUAGAAAGAUACGGAGCAUUAUGGUUUUGUGCCAGAUAUCGAAUACCCAAUGAGCAAUGGGAACAAGUUGAGAAACUUCGUAAAGAAGGAAGAUUGGAAAUUACAGGUAGAUUACAAUACAUAGAACUUGUUCAAAAUACUGGUUUCAAGGUUAUUAUAAAAAAUCACGAUGGAUCUCUUCGAACCAUAGAAACAUGUAAAAUUGUCAACAACACUGGUCCAUCGAGAUAUGUAGAACAAAUGCCUGUUUGUGCCAAAGAACUUGUUACUAGUGGCUUAGCUCGAAUGCAUCAUAAUGGAGGAUUUGAUGUAGACGAUCAUUUUCGAUUAAUUAAUACUGAAGGUCAAUCAUUGUCACGAUUUUAUGCAUUAGGACCCAUUGUCAGUGGUUCACAUCCUGAAUCAAUAACAAUUCCAGCUAUUAGAUCCAAUGCAAUGAUAAUUUCCAAAUCAUUAAUUGAUUAUUAUAUUACUAAGAGAAGAAAUGAAUUUCAUUAUAGCGGUUACAAUCAUAAACCUUAUGAUUAUUCCACAAUGAAUCCCAAUGUACUUUCAGAUAGAUUUAAGAAAACACGUUUUGCUCGUAGUUUGACAAAUAUUUCUCCACGAAAUUAUACUGAUGAAGAGAAAACUCACUUCUAUACUGUUGAAUUUGCAGAAAAGGCACUAGCAUCUGGUGAUAUCAGUGCACCACGAGAUAAAACAGUAUUGUGGUCGGGUGGUCAUAUUCCUUCUCAUCCUCUUGGUUAUGGAUUGGGUCGAAUUAUUGCUGAACGUUGGUUAGUCGAAAAGAAUGUUGAACUUGAAUUAAAAGGUGAAGAUCUUUAUUAUACAGUGGCCAUGACAGAAGCAGGAUUACCUGUUUUAAAUGAAAUGUGGGAUGAUUUGACUAUUCCUUUGAGUCUGAAAAAACAAGUCACACCGAUCUAUAUUUUGGGUUUUGCUGCAUGUGCUUAUGGAGAAAUCAGUCUUAAUGUCGAUGAUACAGAUCUCGAUUCAUUCUUUCGGGAAAAUGAACUCCAAGUUGUUAUGGAAAAUCCUAAUAUUACUUCAGUUCGAGCUAUAAGAGUCAAUCGUGAAACAGAUCUUUUACAAGAAAUUUUAUAUGAAAAUCGACAUAAAUGGUAUAAUGAUCAAAAAGAUCAAUGGGUGGAUUCUGUUAUUAUUCGAUAUCAACUUGCUCAUAAUAUUUGGAAAAGAGAUAAUUCGCAUUUGAUUUUGUAUGAACGAAUGUCACAAGCAUUGUUCGAUGAAUUUUACGAUUCUUAUACGAAUGUGAUCAAUGGGAACAAAUUUAUUCAGCAAUUUUAUAAAGCAAUUGGUUUAGAAUAUACACAAUGGAAUCAAAAACUUGAUAAAGCGUUGGAAAUUAUACGACUAAAGAAAUUUGCUCCGCUGAUCGAAAUCAAUCCAAAUUGGUUGAAAAAUGAUAAAAUUAAUAGCGAACAGUUACAAAUGGCUUUUUUAUGUUGA